CAUAAAGGGGUUGUUUUCAGGAUGGCUGUUGGUGCCUAGUGGAGUUCUGCAGGGGUCAGUCUUGGGACUUCAUCUUUUCACUUUAUACAUUAAUGAUCUGGAUGAAGGAACUGAUGGCAUUGUGGCCAAGUUUGCAGACGAUACCAAGGUAGGUGGAGGAAAAAGGUAGUGUCACAGAGGCAGGGAGGCUGCAGAAGGACUCGGACAGGUUGGGAGCGUAGGCAAAGAAGUGGCUGAUGGAAUACAGCGUAGGGAAGUGUGAGGUUAUGCACUUUAGUAGGAAGAAUAAAGCUGUAGACUAUUUUCUAAAUGGGGAGGAAUUUCAGAAAUCAGAGGUGCAAAGGGACUUGGGAGUCCUAUUUCAGGAUUCCCUCAAGGUUAACUUGCAGGUUGAGUCAGUAGUAAAGAAGGCAAGUGCAAUGUUAGCAUUUUGAGAGGACUAGAAUAUAACUGCAAGGAAAUACUGCUGAGGCAUUGGUCAGAUCGCAUUUGGAAUAUUGUGAGCAAUUUUGGGCCCUGUACCUAAGGAAGGAUGUGGUGGCCCUGGAGAGGGUCCAGAGGAGGUUCACAAGAAUGAUCCCAGGAACGAAAGGCUUAACACAUGAGGAGCGUUUGAUGUCUCUGGGCCGGUACUUGAUGGGAGUUCAGAAGGAUGAAGGGGGAUCGCAUUGAAACCUACAGGACGCUGAAAGUCCUGGACAGAGUGGACGUGGAGAGGAUGUCCCCAUUGGUAGGGGGUUCCAGGAUCCGAGGGCACAGCCUCAGAAUAAAGGACGUCUCUUUAAAACUGAGAUGAGGAGGAACUUCUUCAGCCAGAAGGUGGAGAAUCUGUGGAAUUCGUUGCCACAGAGGGCUGCGGAGGCCAAGUCAUUAGGAAGGGCAAAAUGGUGGAUAUUGUAGCACAGAAAAUUCCUUCUGAGGCUGAUGUGGCGAGGAGCUUUCUGACGAAGAUCUUGAGAAAUUCCAUGAGGCGGAAUGAACCAGUUGGUCGGCCCCACUCUUGGCAUUCAACCAAGUUCACCGACAGUCCUCAGGAACCGGCCACAAUGCAGCUAUCUUCCAGCGGAGUAUGUUCCUCCUGGCACUCGAGGUACCACACCACUUCUUCAUCAAACAGCCUCUCGGACCCCUGGGACCAGCCCAACCUGCACCGCAUCUCCCACCAGUUCAGCUCCCUGGGCAGCAUGGACAGCUUGGACCAGCCGCCAGCCCUCUCCCUCUCCCCCGCCAAGUCCAACACCAGUGUGGAGCAGGCCGCCCAGCCCAGCAGGAGGGACUCGGCCUACAGCUCCUUCUCCACCAACUGCAGUACGCCGGACUACUCGCUCUCCUCGUCCCGCAGCGACAACGGCUCCUCCACCGAGAACGUGCUGAGCCGGGUGGGUUACUGGGAGGCGGGCUGGCAGGCGAGCAGCCGGCAGGGGCAGGCUCUCCCGGACCAAACCGGCCUGGAGGAGAGGCAGUGCCACCCGUCCCCGGUGGAGAGGCACAGCCCCCGUCCGGACGAGCAGGCCAGCUUCAGGCCACCCCGUGCCAGCCUUGGGCCUGUGUGGCAUGUGCCGGAGAAGAGGGUCCCUGCCGACAGCCGCGGCCCCAAGAGGGCCUCCCCUCCCUCUCCCCCUCCCCCUCCCAUCCGCAGCGAUAGCUACGCAGCCACCAAAGUCCACGAGGGGGGCGGGCAGGCUCGCAGCAAGCCUCAUCUCCGCGGAGACCGGGAGGCGAUGGAGGGUGGCGGUGGGUGGAGGAACCAGGCCUGCUCCCCCCGCCUGACGGACGUCCCCUCCCCAGCCUCGCUGGACGGUGGUGCCUCACUCCUCCCUCCCCACCACCACCUCCACCGGCGCCAGCGCAGUGACGAGCUCACCCCUCAGCGGGCCGACAGGGCCCCGAGGGGGGUGGAGGUCACCUGGCGACAGGACCAGGCCCUGACCAGGGCCUCGCCAGCACCCCCUACCUGUCCAGAGGACUCGCCAGCCCCCGACGGCCCCGGGCAGAGCAGGUACUUCUGCCUCACCUCCAGGCCACCCCACCAACCGGCUGCGGUGGGACAGUCCCGGCUCAGGGUAGAGUCUUGGGAUGGACAGAAGGGAGCGGCCUACCCCCCAGCUCCAGCCUCCAGGCCUCCCAGGCACCUCCCCGAGGGGGGCAGGGGCAGGGCCGGCGCCCCAGAGGAAGCGGGGCAGAAGCCUGACUGGGUAGGCCAAAGGGGGGGAAGUGGUGGAAUAGAUAACUGGGCCUCGGGCCCGCGGGCCGGGGAGCCCGGCUGGCCGGGCCCCGGAGCGAUCUAUCCCGAGCAGACACCCAUCCUCCACUCACUGGCCCAGGACAGCCAUAAGCUGCAGGCCGAGCCGGGGCAGGCAGCCCGCCAGCUGCGGCGCAGUGACCGCUUCGCCACCGCUCUGCGCAACGAGAUCCAGAUGAAGCGGGCCCAGCUGCAGAAGAGCAGGAGCGCUGCGGCCUUGACUGGGACACCGGAGGCGGAGGAAACCAUAGGCCGCUGCCGGGACGGGGAGCCGGUGGCCGAAUCUGCCCCCUGGCCCGACGGCGGCAAUUCCCCCUCCUCCUCCUACACGGAUGGCCUGAAGGAGGCCCAGGCCCGUGUCCUAAGGGCUACCUCCUUCCAGAGGAGGGAUCUGGGACCCCCGGCUGCCCCCCUCCGCCCCCCUGCGCCACCUCCCUGCCCCGGCCCGACUCCCAGGGACGGGCCUCAGCCCCAGUUUCCAGGCAACCCCCCAGCGAUAGGGCGAGCAGCCGGCAACCAGCCUGCCCGGGUGGGAGGGAGGAAGCGGCUCACACAGGAGCAGAGGCUGCGGUCCUACUCUGAGCCCGGCAAGAUGAAUGAGGUGGGAGCCCCCGAGGGGGGCAUGCCGCCUCCCCAGCCGGGUCCUGCUCCCCUAGCCUCCUUUGCUGACAGGCGGCUGUUCUUCGAGGGCGGCAUUAAGGCUGCCCGACCCUCGGCGGCCCACAGUAGACCUGCCCCCAGGCCGAGCCCCCAGCUGGCCCCUGGCGAGGUGGCCCAGUGGAAAGGCCGGGCCAGCGGCCCCGAGAUGGAGGACCGGCACCCGGAGUCCGAAGGGCGCAGCCGAGCAGCUUCGCUAGGCCUGGACGGCUGGCUGGAUGGUCUGCGGGCAGGGCCCCACCAGGCCAGUGGCUGGUCACAAGCAAGUGCCAGGGCCCACCCCAGCGAAGUCCCGGAGAGGACGGGGCCAGGCGGAGACCCAGAUACCAGGGAGCGCGAGGCGGAGCCGCAGCGGCUGGGAACGUUCGCGGAAUACCAGGCCACGUGGAGGGAGCAGAGGAAGCCGUCGGAGGCCAGGAGCUCUGGCAGGUACCACUCUGCGGACAACAUCCUGGACCAGAGCUUCCAACAGCCUGCGAAGCCGCAGUACGUGCACGAGAGGUCACGGUCGUCGCCUACCACUGAUUUCUACCUGCAGGAUAUUCCCAUUGAGGUGAGGCGGUGUCCAGAAGGUUUCCAGAAGAAGAUGACUCAUCUAGCUACCGAAGCUGGUGCAAGUGCUCCCAGACGCAGACACCUGGGUUCUGGGAGCUCGGAGAAUAACUCCGAGGGGCGGCAGUUCCAGACGGAGACGGAGUUGGAACAGACCUGGCCGGAGAGGAAUGCUCAAGCCCAUGAGCAGCUGCCACGGGAAAGGCAUGGCCGUCCAGUCAGCAUGCUGAGCGGGCGCCAUUAUCCCGAGGAGGCCGAGCUCCAAGCGGGACGGAGAGCUGAGGGGGACGUCCCGGAUCCCUGCCCCCAAGAUUGGGAGCUGAGCCAACCCUGGGCCACGGUCGUGGAGCUGGAGAAUCCAGCGGAGGGCGCCAUCCAAGCACCGACCAGUGGCACCGGUCUGAUGCCAGGCUCUGAAGCCAGCGCAGGGAGUGACCCACAGGAAGCCCGGCUGGGCGGGUACCCUGGGGACGGGGCUGCCCUCUCGGGGAACACACAAGGUGACGUGGACAGUGCAGAAAGCUCAGCGUUUCACUGCCUCCCGAAGCCAGUGACGGACGCUUCUCGGUCUCCCUCCCCACAGUUUGCACCACAGAGACUAACUGAUAAGCCACCGCUAACCCUGGAGGAUGACGGCCUGGCCAGGAUCGAGAAAGUGACAGAGAACAACACAACUGUGAAGAAGGUGCCGAUAAAGAUCGUGCGGUCAGAAAGCCAGACGGAGAAGGAGAACCGGCACAACCUCCUGAACAACGUGGACCUCAUCGGCAUCCCCAACAAAGAGCAGCCCAAGUCCAUCGGGAGCCGCGAGCAUCCUUACUCCCUUUUUGCCGCCUAUUCCCGGCAGGAGCAGGAGCGGCUGGCUGACGCGGAUCAGAAGGCCACCCAGAGCACAGAGGCGGCAGGUGACUUGAGGGCCGGUGAGGGAGCCUCUCCCGCGUCCGACUGCCCAAAGACGAGGGAGAAGAGCGUGGAGGACAUCAAGUCGGAGGAGCUGGUGAGGGAGAUCGUCGUCAAAGACCGAUCCCUGGCUGACAUUUUGAACCCUAACUCUAAAAUGAAGACCACCAUGGAUCUGAUGGAAGGGAUAUUCCCCAAAGAUGAGACCUUCUUGGAAGAAGCCCAGCAACGCAGGAAGCUGCUUCCUCGACCACACUCGCCCAAAGUCACUGAGGAAAGGGAAGAGGAGACCGCGCCGAUUGGAGUGUCCCUGACCACAAGCUCAACGUACUACAGCACUUCUGCCCCAAAGGCUGAGUUGCUGAAUAAACUGAAGGACAUGCAGCAGCAGAUGGAGGGAGAGGAGGACUCUGAAGAUGAGCUGAAUAAUGACCUGACGGAAAAGAAGCAAGAGCUGAUUGACAGUAUAAGCAAGAAGCUGCAGGUGCUGCGAGAGGCAAGGGAGAGCCUGCAGGACGACAUCCAGGCCAACAACCUGCUGGGCGACGAGGUGGAGGCCGUGGUGAAGAAAGUGUGCAAGCCCAACGAGUUUGACAAGUUCAGAAUGUUCAUCGGCGAUCUGGACAAGGUGGUCAACCUGCUGUUGUCGCUUUCCGGUCGGCUGGCCAGGGUGGAGAACGCCCUCAACACCUUGGAGGAGAGCGCCUCUCCAGAGGAGAGGCGGACCCUCACUCAAAAGCAGAAGCUCCUCACAAGGCAGCACGAGGACGCCAAGGAGCUGAAAGAGAACCUGGACAGGCGGGAGCGGCUGGUCUUCGACAUCCUGUCCAGCUACCUGACGGACGAGCUCCUCCAGGACUAUGAACAUUUUGUGAAAAUGAAGUCGGCCCUCACCAUUGAGCAGAGGGAGCUGGAGGACAAGAUCAAGCUGGGAGAGGAGCAGCUGAAGUGCCUGCUGGAGAGCCUACCCCUUGAUUGUAAACCAAAGUAGAAUCCAAAGGGUCAACCCUAAUCGAACAUUGAGGUGCUAUCAAUGUGUGUGUUCCCCUUUUCCUGCCGGUGUGUGUGGUAUAGCUGGAUCUGUCCACCAGGGGAGCUGAGCGUGGGAGUAAUCAUCUGAAGGACUGAGAUUCUGAGUUGGAGCUUCAAUGUUCUCCACAACAUCCCAUCAUUGAACUUGUAAUGUUUAUAAGCUUCUGGGUGUUUAGUUACAAACACUUAACAUUUCUGUUUCCACCUUUGCCCCCAAAAUUUGCUCAAAUUUUGACCUGAAAAGAAUGAAAAGAACAUCUUCAGUACUGCUGUUGACCAAGAAUCUGGAACUUUAUCCCCCUGUAUUCUAAUAGGUACAGGUUGCUUCCUUGGCGUAAAUAUUACACAUUCAUAAAAUGAUGUGAUGACUGAAUUGUGUUUUUAAACAAUGUGCAUUAAAUUAAUUUAUUGUAGCCUAAUUAAAAUAAAUAGGUGGUUACAGGA